CUGUUAUCGGUUUUAUAAGAAUAAGUUGGGUUGUUUUUAUUUUAUUUUUGUAGCACAGAAACUAGAUAAACGACAAUAAACUUAUUAAUUUAAAAAAAAUCGUGGAAAUUAACAACAAUAUAUCCUGUUUUCAUUGUGUUUGUGAAAAACAGAUGAUCGAAAUCCAAAAACUAAGCCUCAGGAAAUACAACAUUCAGAAAGUUGAAUAUACAACAAAUACAUACCUAACAGAUGUGCCUGCAUCUUUGCAUGCAAAUAAAAUGAUUACUAACUAAACCUUGCAAUGAAUCAAAACAUUGCAAAUAUGGCAUACGAACGAUAUGGCAUACUUCAAAAAGAGGAAUCCGAGGAAGAUGUAGUUGGCUCAAAAGGCACUCAAAAAAUUAACGCGCAAGCUACAGGCAGUGAUAUUGGGCAACGGACCUUUGAGGUGUGAACCACAGUACAUUUUUCGGGACAAACAUAUAUGGUCUUUUCCAUAAAGGGCGCACAACCUUACAAAAAAGUAAAGUUUUUGAAUCAUUGAAACAGUCUGGAAAAAGUGAUAUUUCUAACAAUCUUCUUGUACAACUAAAUCGGAAAGCUCCUGAAAAUAUAACUUUCUCUAAAAAAAAAAAUAUCACAGGAUAUGAAAUGAAUAUCAAUUUUUAUAAAAAUACCAACUAUGGCGAAACUCAAGACAUUUUAAAAGACGCGGAAAUAAACUUUCUAAACAGUGAGACCCCCAUAGAAAAGUUUUGUACGGACGACAACAGUUCACCGUUUAUAGCUUCAAAUACAACAAUGCUAUCCUCAACCGGAAAAUCAAGACGGUGGGAACAAAAGCUUGUUCAAAUUAAAACCAUGGAAGGCGAAUUCAGUGUUACAAUGUGGGCAUCCGGGAUAUCAGAUGAUGAAUACUCCGGUUCAGACCAAAAUCCUGGAGAAUCUGAAUUUUUGAAAGAAAACGACAUUGAUUUUGAUAGUGCCGAAUCCCAACAAAAUAAAGACUUCCAGCAGGUUGAAUCUUUAUUAUUUGCCCAUGAACAUCAGCCUCUUGGAAUGCAGCCACCGUUAAGCUCCGUUCCACUUUUAGAACAGCUAACAAAGGAGAAAAUAGUUUUGCCUCAAGAAAAUAACCUUUCCACUAAUAUACCGACUAAAUCUACUUUAAGCUUCAAUGAUUCAAUUUUGAUUUCGGAUUCCACUAAUAUACAGUUGGUGAACGAAACUGCCUCCAUGUCAAUUGAAGAUCAUAGAAUUUUAAACAGUCACAAUUCUAGUGGUCUGCGUAUUUCUACUAACACAACCCACUUCGGUUUGGACACACAGGAAGCGCAGGAAAUUGAUAAUUCAAUAACACCAUCUCAAUUACCAUACAUCGACAACACGGGAUCGACUGGAAGCCCUGAUUUAAGUUUUAAUAUUUCCGAUGUCACAGGAGCCUGUUUAAAUGAAAAAAAAAUAGCGUGCCCGCAUAAAGGUUGCCAUAAAAACUUCAGAGACUCGUCUGCUAUGCGGAAACAUUUACAUACUCACGGUCCUCGUGUUCAUGUGUGCGCAGAAUGUGGAAAAGCCUUCGUGGAAAGUUCAAAGCUUAAAAGACAUCAGUUGGUUCACACGGGAGAGAAACCGUUUCAGUGUACAUUCGAGGGCUGUGGAAAACGAUUUUCACUAGACUUCAACUUAAGAACACAUGUAAGAAUACAUACUGGAGAUAGACCAUUUGUUUGUCCAUUCGAUGCCUGCAAUAAAAAGUUUGCUCAAUCUACAAACUUAAAAUCUCAUAUAUUAACGCAUGCAAAAGCAAAGAGAACUAGCAUUUCGCGCAAAGGUGGUUGUUUAAACCUUGAGUCAAGCAGUCAAAGUGAAGAUAAUUCUACAAACUAUAUUAAGGUAGAGCUACAGGAUAGUGUUUCAGAAAACAGCGUUCCCUUUGUGGUGUAUGCAGACUGAAAGUUUAGAUCGACCCCAAAUCUAAUUCUAUCUAAAUCAAGUUCGGUGAGCAGACAAAAAUCAAAAACUGCUCUUGUCAAAUUUGAUUAAGAUUGAAAGACAGAAUAAUGGGGCAUAUAUUAUAUUUUUAAUUAAAAGAGGUUUUUAAUGUAAUAUGUAAACUUAAAUAAAAUCUGGACUUAAAACAUAAA